AUGUUGAGAUCAAAGGUUAUUCCACAGGUGUUGCAACAGGCUAUCAACGGAAAUGAUGUAAAGGGUGUAUUAUUAAUGAAAGACGAUGGAUCACUCAUUGCAUGCGCAGAGGCACCAAACACUGAUCACAGCACAUCAAAGAUCGUCUCUGCCAUCUCAUCUAGUAUAUUCUCAUCAUAUGAACGCAAUGAUGACCUCCAGUAUCAACUCAUUGAUUGUGAAGAUGGCAGACUCGUUGUUACAAAGGUAGCCAAGCUGCUGCUCUGUAUAUAUGCUGACACAUCGAUCGAAUUCGGAUUCCUCAAGAUUAAAGCCCAGAAGCUUCGCGAAUACCUGGAGGGUCCACUUGAGCAGGUCGAGCAGGUUUAG